GUAUUCAUUCAUAGUACUCCAUACAAAAAGCUUUUUUAAAAAAAAACUUAUCAUUAAAUCUUAUUAUCUUUUACGGGUGUUUUCAUUAAAGUAAAAUAAAAAUAAAUAAGAACAGUACAAAACUAUAGCUUACGUAUCUGAAUAGUUCCUCCAAAUGACGAUCCUACCCUUCACAAUCUCUCUUUGUUUACUCAAUUCCAUGAACCGCUAUAAAUACGCUCUAAACGUUACUCGUCACUUGGCUUGCACAGAACAAACCAACCUUCUAGAUUCUUCUCCUUCCUUCUUCAACUCUCUCUCACUUCUCCAGAUAUGGUUACAUCUCCGACGAACUCAACAAUCAAAUUUCUCUGUAGCUAUGGCGGCAAAAUCCUACCUCGUUAUCCCGACGGUAAACUCCGUUACAACGGUGGUCACACUCGCGUCCUCGCCGUUCCUCGCUCCGUCUCAUUUUCCGAGUUAGCGUCGAAGAUGGCGGAGAUGUGCGGCGGCGUCGGCGGAUCUAUAACCGUAACGAUCCGAUGUCAGCUUCCGACGGAAGAUCUCGACGCGCUCGUUUCAAUUACUUCCGAUGAAGAUCUAGUGAAUCUAAUCGAAGAGUACGAUCUCGUUUCCUCUUCAUCUCCGAUGAAAAUCAGAGUCUUCUUAAAUCCACCAAAAUCCGCCGCCGGAUCUAAAAAAUCUCCUCCUCCGUUAGCGUUACCGUCAUCAACCACCACGUCAUCAUCUUCCACAACUUCCUCUACUUCAUCAAGUCCUAGAUCUCCGUCUCUAUCAAAACCACCGCUACCUCCGUCUCCACCGAGAAUAACGACGGUUACGAAGAAUCCGUGUUAUGGUUGUUAUGUUCACCGUAAUUCCAGAAAUAUCUACCUUGUUCACAACGGCAAUCACUGGCAAUAACGUGAAGAAUCUUCGAAUAUACGAUUAAAAAAAAAAAGAAUCUUCGUUUUUUUUUUCUAAUGUAAAAAAGAGCGAGAGAUUAUAAUAGAAGGGUGUACGUGAUCUAACCAUCGCCAUUAAUGAAAUCAUCCCAAAAGCUUUUUAUUCUCUGUUUGUUGGUGAUGAUGAUGAAUUGGGUGAGUGACUUUAAUUCCUUUUUUUUUCCGUUGAUAUCGUGUAACUCCGUCUAUGUCCGUUGCAUUUUCCCCGUCAACGUUUAACCGGACCGGUCCACCACGUGUUUGCCCUACCUUAUCUUUUUUUCUGUUACAUUGUUCUGUUUUGCUUGCGUGUUAUUAUCACCGUUUGUGUGUUAGUUUAGGUUAAAUUCAGUUUGACAAUUUCUGUUGAGCUAACUUCCAUAAUCAUUUUUUUUGUCGUUUGCAGGUAAUUUAAUCUAUCCUUGUAAAAUUCGAGCAAUGGCGUGAUCGAUUUUUCUCGUUUAUGGUAUGUGGUCCAGUUUUUUGAAUAUCACUAUAUAUACUUUUCUGAUUAACUUUUAUGGUAGACGAAAUUCGAAACGGGAUAAGCUUGGAGAAAUAGAAGAGGAAGACAAAAAAAAUAAGAAAUGGAUUAAGAAUGUUGGGGAUAAAAGAAGAAGGAGAAGAAGUGAUAGUGAUGAUGAUAAGAUUCGAUUUUAAUUUAAAACGGGUCCCGAAAUACAGCUGGUGUGGAGAAGUACAAAUAAUAAUACAAGUUUUUAAGACUAUCGGAAAUGAAUUUAUAGAGAGUUUGGGUGGGGGAGGAGAAGACACCAAGUACAAGUUUAUAUCCAAUAACAAAAUUGAGGUCUUGGACUGUGGAAAAUGGAAACUUUAAUGACCUUAAAAAGCGACGUGAGUUCUGAAUUUUCGGAUAUUUUAAGCUCAUAAAUUAGGUGGUGGACGUAUUAGUAGGGAGUUAGGGACUAUUGGCAAUUCAUAAGAGGAAUUAGGCGGUAUAAACACGACGAAAGUAGGCAUUUUAGGCCAUCAAGCAUCUCUUAGGAUUGGUCGCUUAUCUUAAUGAUCUAACAAUGACGUGAUAGCCAUCUUUAAGUUUUUUUCUUUUUCUUUCUCUUGGUAAUUUGGAAAGAUGGGAUUAUGAUUCUAUAGUUCAUUGACUUACGUUUGGAUUUUGUUAGCUUGUUCAAUUCACAACUAAACUGAAAUCUGAUGGUAAAAGCAAGAGGGUCAUACUAGCAACAUGAGCUGAAUUAAUCUUCUUUAUUUGUAGUUCCGGAAGAUGUGGGUCGAACAACCGGAGAUUUGACUUUGGAAACAUACACAAAGAUAUGAAUGGGUGGAAUAAACUAAACACAUUAUAGGACUAUACAUGAAUGGUAAAUAAAAAGCGGUCAAAUCAACAAAUGGAUUUAUUCGUCCAACCGUUGCAAUUAUUAAAACCAUUACAUUUUUCAAAGAAGUACUUGCAUAUGAAGUUUUAGCAAAGAAAAUAUGAAACACAUAUGAUGUAAGAUAGAAGUGCUUCCGAGUUGAACCCAAAAAUAUUAGAAACGAUCAAGUGUAAU